GUAAAACGGAAGUAAAGUUUUCCGGUGUCCUUGUGUGACAGAGGCGACUUAGCGUCGAGAUGAACAGACAGAUAAUUGUAAGUAUAUGCUCUUUUUCACCCGUGUUUUUUUAUUCUAGAGUUAUCUGUGAACCAAGAUGGUUGUUUCUAACUCUAUAAAUAAGCGAUAGAAAGAAAAGUGAGGAUAUAUUUGGCAGGAAACGGUGAGCUCGGGGUCACAGCCAGGUAACGCCGGAAGAGUUAGCAUUAGCUUCUGUGUCCGUUUAAUGGGCUUUUGACGGUUUAUUCACUGGUAAUUAAAGAUAGUGUCACAGUAUAAUCUUGUUAAUCCCACCUCGUUGAUGCGGACGUGAAGGAUGACUUUGCUGCUGUCUUUGUUUCUCCAGCAGGUGGCUCGGAGGACCAUCUUCAGCUCGGUCCGGAGACAGGUCGACAACAAAGUCCCCCAGAAACAGAAAGUCUUUCAGGUAAAGCUUCAAUAACAGGUCCAGACUGACACGAAUAUAUGAACAGCUUCUCUAUGGAGGUAUACUUGACAGUAUUUUCCUCUGGUUUUGAUAACCAGCUGUCUAAAGAGGAGAAUAACCUUGAAAUUUUUCAAUCCAAAGCUGCAGGUCCGCCAAAACUAUCCAGGACUUUCAAGUCCCAGGAGCUUUUUUUAAGGGACCAUAAAGCUUUGACAGUCCACUGAUAUUACACUUUAGCGGGACAUCUCAAGGCCAGAGUACAAAACGUCAAAGAAGAUACUAAAGGUUGAAGUUCGUAAAUACAUCAACGAUGCGAUUAUAAUCCAUUUCUUAAUGGAUGGAAGAUGGUUUUAGUCCAGACCACAUAGAGUUAAGACCAAGACUGUAUGCAACAAAAACAUCAUGACAGUGUUGAUUUCUCUGUCUGUAGAUAAAAAUGUUAGAAAUAAGGUGCAGCUCAGAAAAUCAGGAUGUUCUGAAGAAGUUCAUUUAUUCACCUUAUUUACUUUAAUUCAGACUUUGAAACUUAAGGUAUUCAUUCCACAGUGAAAUGUUUCAGUCUGUGUCUUUGCUGGGGUCUUACUGAAGUACAGGUCUCAUUUAAAGCUCCUUCAGCUUGUCUGUAUUUUUGCUCUGGAGUGCAUACCUGCCAACACUCCCAUUUUUCUUGGGCCUCUCCAGUAUUUCAGACCUAUCUUACAUUUUGUGAUGAUUCAGGUCGGUUUAAGCUGUAAACUAUAUUAAAGCAGUGGUUGUUGCAAAAUGAACACUUCAAUGAAAGGAAAACAAACCUGAGAUAUAAUAUUUACGCUGAUAGUCUUUCACCGUCUCGAAGUGAUGCGUUCAGUGCUGUAUUGCAUGCACAGAUGUUCAGAGAGCCUCAUACGGGAGAGCAUGUCAAACAGAUGAGGACUUUAAUAUUAGUGGACUAAAUAAUUUCAAGGCAUAUCGUAGCUAUUAUUUAUUAUUACCAUUUGUUAUUGUUAAAACAAAACAAAAAAGUGUGCAGCUUCACUUAUACUUAUUUGGAUGAGCAAUUUAAUCACAAAUACUCUCAUAAUUAGCUCAUAUCUACCAUACAAGGUAACCCCAAAACUGCCCAGCGCGCCCUGCAAAAUCUCUGAUUUUAUUACCUAAAUGUUUUGUUUUGUUUGAUUUAAAGAGAUUCUUGACUAAAUCAUUGAAUUAAACUAAGAGGACAAGUUUUUACUUGCUUUUUUGGUUAAAUUCAUUGUUAUAUUAAUCGGUUAAUAAAAAAUAAUCAUUAGAAUAAUCGAUAAAUUGGUCUAAAGGGUUAGUCGACUAAUUGACCAGGGAUGCACUGAUCUGCUUUUUUUUUCUUUACCUCUGAUACCAAUACAGAUAUCUACAGUAUAGUAUCAGCCGAUACCAAUCCAGUUCCGAUACAAAAAAGCUGUGCUGAAUUAUUUUUUGUUGUAACCUGCAGUUUUACCACUGCCCCUCGAAAUGUUUACUGCACAGGUGUUGUAAGUGGCCGUCGAGUUUGUAGGCUGAAAAUGACAUGGGCAUCCGCUCAGCGUGUUUACUUAUGGAUGCCACUCAUGGCAUAGCAUAGAUUUAGACUGAAUAGAUCGGCCCCUAUGCAUCGGGCACACUGACACGAUACCCGAUCUAGAAUUGUCUUCAGUAUGGGGAUAUCAAAUACCGGGUCGAUGCAUCCCUAAUCUCUACAACAUACUGUAUUUUUCGCAAUAUAAGGCGCACCUGAUUAUAAGGCGCACCAUCAAUGAAAGCGUCUAUUCGCGUCUAUUUCAUACAUUAAGGCGCACCGGAUUAUAAAGCGCAUGAAGCCAAACAAAACACUCAGAUAUGGCAAACUUUAUUUAAUUCAUUCAAUAACUCCACGAGACUACGGUAGCUGCAGUGCUCCGACAAGCCAAAAGGAUAAUAAGUGCGCCUUAUAGUAUGAAAAAUACGGUACAUAAUUUUGCUGACUGUCUAAAAUUUAAACCUAAACAAUCUCCAAAUCUUUUUAACCUUCUGCUGGGUAAAACAAAGCCACAAGUACAUCAUUGUCAUCAUUGCUGAAAUCCUGUCCCUGCUGUUAAAAUUUCUGGUCUACUCAAACUCCUGGAGAAAUUUGCUGAAAAUGCAGCUUUACACUGGAAAAUUAGCUUCACUGCGUCAGAUUUUGAAGUGUUAAUUCAUAAUCUGUCGGAAAAAGAAAUGUUUUGUGAGCUGAGGAGUCUCUUUGUGUUAUGUGCCAGACAUACAGAAUGACUCGUGUUUCAUUUCUUUAGUGCUGGUUCUCCUCAUGAAGCCCUGAAACUGGAGUUAUUUUAGCUCCAAAGAUAAGUCUUCAGCGUGUGAAAGCACUCUUAACAGAGUGGAGUGCUGAUUAAUUCUGCAUGUUGUACCGUGUGUCUGACCUGCGGUGAGCUUAAUACCCAAACACAGAACUUCCUCUGUUCACUGAAGGAACAGGAGAGUUUAUGCCGAGAUCAGCUGCUUUCACUGUUAACAUGGCGGAAAGUUGACGCCGCAGCUGUUAACACGCAGAACAGAAAAAAGUAAUUAAAGCAGCUGCAAAAGUGACUCAUAGACUAAACAGACUAGUUUUAUGACCAGUUUGUCCUAACACCGCUGUGGCUGCUGGAAUAUGCUUUUUAUAACCUGCUGUGAUUGGACCCAGUAUGCAUGAUGAGACACUGAGGACACCAAAGAGUCUCUGUUGUUUGGGAGGUUUGCUUCAAGGUUAGAAUAAAUCAUAUGUCGGGAAGAACUAAAGAAGAACUCUGAGUGGAUUUAAGGUCUCUUUUGGACUCUGAUGAAGGUUCUGCUGCUGAUAAAAGUCAUAAAUAAAUUCUUGCACUUUUCCAAAAGGUCAGAAUAAUCCUCGAUGAGUCAAAUCUGAUAAAAUUGUUGAGGUUUUUUUUGCAUUUUGGAUCAUUGCUAUAAAAAAAAAUCUUGUUCAGCUUUGACAUCCUGUUGUACUCAAAAGUUUUUAACUUUUAGCUCAGGUCUUCACUGUCAUGUGUUGCUGUUGUAACCUUUCCAUCAUGCGUCUGUCCUGCAGGAGGAUAAUGGGAUUCCAGUUCACUUAAAAGGAGGCACUGUUGAUGCUCUGCUGUACAGAACAACGAUGAUGCUCACUGUCCUGGGUGAGAAAACCUUCCUCUUCUCAACAGUUUUUAGGCAACUUUCUCUACCAAAUUGUUCCUUUUUUAAAAACAGAAAUAGAUUCUUAUAUCUUAAAGCACCGCAAGAAAAACAAGAUCCUAAAACUAUGUGGCCAGACGAGUAAACUGGAGGCUUAAUAAUAUUAAUCUAGGUCAGUGGUUCUCAAGUCCAGUCCUUGAGGCCCACUGUCCUGCAUGUUUUGGAUGUGUCCCUGCUCCAACACACCUGAUUCAAAUGAUCAGCUCGUUAUCAAGCUCUGUAAUGGCUCAAUAACAAGCUGAUCAUUUGAAUCAGGUGUGUUGGAGCAGGGACACAUCCAAAACAUGCAGGACAGUGGGCCGCAAGGACUGGACUUGAGAACCACUGGUCGAGGUGAUGUGUGGCACUCCUGGACUUAAUUUAUUUUUAUGACAAGACUAAGAGCAGUCUCAUCAAUCCUUCAGAAAUGAGCCAAUCAUUUGUAUUUGUCCUUUGCCUCAAAUCUACACCAGUUUGUACUAAGUUAGUCCAUCGCACAUUAAACUUACCCUCUCUGUUGUCUUUCAGGUACUGGAUAUGUCGUGUAUGAGCUGGUGACAGCAGCGUUCCCCCAGAAGAAAGAUUAACUCCUCCUCCUCUUCCUCUUCUGCAGCCGUUUACUUCACUUAAAACCCGGCCAGCCGCUCUCUCUAUUGUAAAAAUGACAAGAAUCCUCCGUAUGUUACCGUGUGUCACGCUGGGAUAUUGUUUCAUGUUCAUGGGAUCAAUAUUUAUUUUUCUUGUACACUCUCUGAUGACCUGAGGAUCAAUAAAAAAGCCUCUCAUGACCAAAACCUGUUCCCCUGACCAAUUUAUUAGUUGAUAAAUAGACACAGAACCUGCUCCCUUUAGAGAGGUCCAAAUAAAGCUUGUGUUGAAGAAGUCUGAGCACAUAAAGAUCUGGAAGUUUCUACAAGUUUAGAGAAAAAUAUCUUUGACUUUGUUAUAAAAUCAGUUGAAGCUUUUUUACUACCUCGGUCAGUGCACUCCCACAAUAUUGCUGCAGAAAUGAUGUGAAUCUAAUAGGUGUUAGUCUAUGUUAUCUAUAACCGUAAUGUCUUGAGUAAGUAUGAAUAUUUUCAAGAGUGUUCCUACAGUGGACACAUGAGUAUCAGAACUGGACCACGAGUGAUGGAAGACGGUCUGGAGAAGUGACCGUGAUGGCUUGGCCUCGAAGUUUCACAGAUUUCAGUCUGAUUGAGCGUCUGAUCAGUGAAGGUCCCACCUAUAACCACCAGGACUUAAAGGAUCUGCUUUAAAACCUUGGGGCCAGAGACCACAGCACAUCUUCAGAGGUCUAAAAGAGUUCACAUCCGAUCAGGUCAGAACUGUUUCAGCUCUGAUCUGACAGAAAAGGUGAGUCUACUCAUGAUCAGCCAAGAAGCCUGAAUGUAGUGACUGAUAGUGUUUCAGCCCACUGAGCAACAGACGACUAUUAGACAUCUAUUUUUUUUUUUUUUUUUUUAAGACCUAAUUUCAACCGUCUAGAUUCUGUAUAUUUUUAGACAGGAUUUAGAAGUUGCACUUUAACCCAUUAUUCGAUAACUAUUUAUUUCAAAAAGCAACUGUGCUGCAUAACAGAUCUCCAAGUAACCAAAAUUAUUAUGAUAGCCGUUGAGCAAUAUACAGUGUAGUAUAGAUAUAGCCCAGAUUUAGACUUGGUCUAAAUUUAGACGUCUAAAAAACUUUAACUUUUAGACCAGUGGUAGCCUGAUUUUAGACCAGUUCCCUAGGCUUGGAUGUCUAUUAGACCUCUUUUAGACCAAAAAAUGCUCAGUGGGAGUGAAGAUCCAACCAGCAAUCCAAACCUCCUAGUUUUUAAACCUCAUGGAGCAAAUCUGAUACUACAAGUAAUACGCUCGUUCAAGGUUUUAUACAAAUACACUCCUGAUCAAAAUCUUAAGACCAGUUAAAAAAUUGCAAGAAGUUGGACCUGAAGACAGUUCUUAGUAGAGCUUCAAAAUGCAAAAAGAAGAAAUGGGAACAAGAGACCAAAA